AUGUCCAAAAUCACCCAAAAAUUCAAACCCCCACUCAAAAACGGCAUUGCCGCCAGUCGGAUUUAUUUGAGCCAAGGCAACGGUUUAUUGCUUGAUUUUUUAUGCGCCCAUUUUCCACAUAUUGACCGCACGCAAUGGCAAAACCGCAUGUCCGCAGGCGAGGUUUUCAACGCCGCAGGCACGCCGCAGCACGCAAACAGCCCAGGCAUUGCGCACAGCGAGGUUUUUUAUUACCGCGAACUGCCUGCCGAGCGUCACAUUCCAUUUUAUGAGCGCAUUUUGUACCAAGACGCACAUUUAUUGGUGGUGGAUAAACCACAUUUUUUGCCCGUCACGCCUGCGGGCGACUAUUUACAAGAAACCCUGCUCACGCGCCUACGCAACCACACAGGCAUCGUUGAUUUAAGCCCAAUCCACCGCUUGGACAAAGACACCGCAGGCGUCAUGCUUUUUUCAACCCAAGCCGCCAGCCGCGCCGUGUACCAAGACUUAUUCCGACAAAAUACUGUGCACAAAACCUACCUUGCCGUCGCCCCAACCAACCUCAAUUUGGCCUAUCCGCACCAGCGCAGCAGUCGAAUCAUCGAGCGCCCCGAACAGUUUUUUUUGACCAUGGAAACCCACGGCAGCCCAAACAGCCACAGCACCAUCACAUUGCUCGCGCAACACGGCGCGCACAGCUUGUAUCAGCUUGAACCCCGCACAGGCAAAAACACCAAUUGCGCUUACAUGAGCGCCUUGGGCAUGCCGAUUUUAAAUGAUGUGUUUUACCCAACCGCAGCGCCCGUUCAGGCGGCAGACUUUAGCAAACCACUGCAAUUAUUGGCACACAAACUGGCCUUUACCGACCCAAUCAGCGGCGCUUGCCAUCAAUUCAUUAGCGAACAAGCGUUGAUGUAUACACCGCCAAAAUAA